ACUUGAUCGGCCGACGAUCAGCAAAGCCCUCCUCUGCCCGCCAUAUAUGCGGAGCUCAGCAGCUGCCCCGGCGCGCGCCAUUGGCCGAUCGCAGCUGGCGCGGAGAGGGUUCAGCACCCAGCCCAAGCACAAGGACGUCAUUAAAAAGGCGUAUGCCGCCGGCAAGGCGCCGCCGCCUGCCGUCUACCCCGACACAAAGGUCAUCUGUGCGGGCAUCACGGGUAAGACGGGCGCCUUCCACGUCAAGGGGGGGAUCGACUACGGCUCCAAUUAUGUCGGCGGCACGCACCCCAAGAAGGGCGGCACGAAGACAGACAUGGACGCGCAGGGCUUUGAGCUGCCACUCUACACUACGAUGGCAGAGGCCAAGAAGGAGACCGACUGCGAUGCCGCAGUCCUCUUCGUGCCUCCGCCCGGUGCGAAGGGCGCCAUCAUGGAGGCCAUCGCGGCCGAGAUCCCGCUGGUAGUCUGCAUCACGGAGGGCGUGCCGCAGCAUGACAUGGUUCAGGUAAAAAAAGCGCUGAUGAGCCAGACGAAGACGCGGCUGAUCGGGCCCAACUGCCCGGGCGCCACCUCGCGACGAGGGAGGCGGCGCGCCCCUCCGCCCCCUCCUCCCACCCCCGCCACCCGCUCGUGCAAGAUUGGCAUCAUGCCCGGCUACAUCCACAAGAAGGGGAAGAUCGGGAUCGUCUCGCGCUCGGGCACGCUGACCAGAGAGUCUGCGGUGCACCAGACGACGGCGCUCCACGACGAGGUCGACCUCACCGAGGGGCUCGGCCAGUCGAUGGUCAUCGGCAUCGGCGGCGACCCAUUCAACGGAACAAACUUCCUCGACGCGCUCGAGUACUUUUACGCCGACCCGGAGACGGAGGGCAUCAUCAUGAUCGCAGGCGAGAUCGGAGGCGACGCGGAGGAGCAGGCGGCGGCGUUCAUUCAGGAGGCGAACAUGACGAACUUCAAGCCCGUCGUCAACUUCAUCGCCGGCGCGUGCACCACGGCGCCGCCCGGCCGCCGGAUGGGCCACGCGGGAGCGAUCACGGCGGGCAACGCGGGCACGGCGAAGGGAAAGAUCAAAGCGCUGACUCAGGCUGGCUGCAGGGUCUCCAAGUCGCCGGCCAGGUUGGGCCACGUCAUGGCACAGUUCUACCAGGAGAAAAAGGGGAACGGGAAGGUCUACCUCGACCCGGCGAUGGUCUGGACCGUUGAGGAUGCCGACAAGCUGUAGAGCGCGGGCUGUCGCGAGGACGGCACUAGAGGCGCGAGACCCUUGCCUCCCGCCCGCCGCCGCCGCCGCCGCUAGCCAGCCAGCCAGCCGCAAUCCGCCGUCGCCGCUCCGGGUGCGCGUGUGCAGCCGUUCGCGCCAGCGGUGGGCGGCCACGUGCGUUUGGAGGGGGACGGCGGCGUGCGUAGGGAUGGAGUCUCGGGCUUGGAGAGGGCAUAUGGGGCGCGCUUGCGUGAGGGGGCGAAGGGACUAAGGGCCUGCGGCCGGCGGAGGGGAGCGAUCACACAUGUCUUGCUUGGGACUUGGCUCGUGUCCUGUCCCUGUUCCUGGGGACGCGAGUUGUGCGUGAGAGCGCCGCGGGUUGGCGCGGCGGGCUUCUUUCACCGUGUGGCGUCCUCCGAUCGCGAGGCCUGUCGUACACAUUUGGCGGUGGAACGAUCGCCCUAUAUACACGGGUGAACGGGACACGGCUUUUCAGAGACGAGCGCGACAACCAAAUCCAAAAAAUCGACCGCCCGCGCGACGGCGACGGGCGACGGGCGACGGCCGACGCGCAAAAGCGCAUGCACACUUGCAGAUGCGACCACAGGAGAAAAGUAGAGGUGGGGAGAGAGCGAGCGCUGACCUCCUCCGCCUCUCCGCUGCGUGUGUGUGAUCGCCGCGCGCCGCCACCGCCCCGCCGCCCGGCCCGG